AUGAGUGGUGCCAAGCGUCCGGCCCCCAAAGAGGCGGCUGAGCUCGCCCCGUCGAACAUCUACGAGUGGGACCCGGCGCGUGUCGCCGAGUUUCUCACGUCACUUUCCUUGGACCGCUGGAAGCCGCUCUUUGAAGAGGUGGAUGGGGCCACCUUGACAGAACUGUCUGACGCCGACCUGAAAGAAAUUGGGUGCACCGAACUGCUGCCACGCAAGAAGCUCCUCGGGCACAUCGCCAAGCUGAAGAUCACGGCCUCUGAG